UUCGCACAACAAGAUGUCUACCACAAUCACUAAUGUGGUAAUUCUAGGCAAUUAAGUAGGGUGAGCCAAAAUGCUCUCUCUCUAAUGCACAAAAGGUUGUUGACAUAAACCAUAGUUAUACUCCAUUUCGGCGCGAGAAAAUAAUUAGAAAAAAAUAGGAAGAAGGGUGUGUACAAAAGAUCUUGCUUUCUUCUUGCCAAUUACAGUUUGACACAUAUGUAAAAAUAAUUCAUUAAAAACACAAAAGAAAAACUUCUACAAAUAUAUCAUAUUGCCAUUAUCAAGAAUGUUACUAGGGAAGGAAGGAAAGUAUUUUUCUGUAUAAAUGGAAUAUAAUUACGAUUUAUCCAAUCAACUAUCCGCUCCCCCAUCCCCUAAGAAAAAAUGAAAAAUGAAAUAUCCGCUCCAACGUAAAAAUAAAAAUAAUAAAAAUCAUGAAAAAGAAGUCCAACGAACAAAUUCUCUUGUUAUUAAUAUUCAAAGAACCCUAUUACAAACAGUGUUUUUUUUCCUUCACUUUUCUGUAUCUUACUCUGUUUCAUGGCUCUCCCAAGCGAGGUCGGGUUGCGCGUACUGCUUUGCCCUCUUGGUUCCAACGUGCUUGUCCGGACUGCCUGCUGCUCUGUGGGGAUUGCUUUACCCGUUUACUCAACGUUUAAAGCUAUUGAGAAUAAGGAUCAAGCAGAGCAACAAAGGUGGCUCCUUUAUUGGGCAGCUUAUGGAUCUUUCAGUAUUGCAGAAGUAUUUUCAGACAAGAUUCUGUCCUGGUUUCCGCUCUACUACCAUGUGAAGUUUGCAUUUCUUGUUUGGUUACAACUUCCAUCCUCAAAUGGGGCAAAGCAUCUGUAUACAAGCCUUCUGCGUCCGUUCUUUCUGAGGCAUCAAGCCCGACUUGAUCAAGCUGUGGAUUUUAUAUAUGGUCAAAUGAGUAAAUUCAUCAGUUCACACCAAGGAGAUUUGCAGUUUGCGAGGGUGCUUUUCAUGAAGGUUUUGGCAGCAGCAAGUGGGGUAGUUAAGGGUGUUGUGCCCCAUGGGCAAAGGCAAGCAAGUCCGGCAAUCGAAGACCCUGCGAAACAAACUCAGGACUCUGAAUCAGAAAAAGAUGAGUAGAGCAUUCACCAGUUUCCGUGACCAGAAAUACAUGUUUCAUAGAUCUGGUAGUUUAAAGUGUUGAAACUUUUUUCUUUUUGGGUCUCAAUAGAUCUUGUACAUAAUACACAAAUAUUUUAUGUUUCUAGUUGCUUGUGGAACCCAAGUUCUCAUUCAAGAAGUGAUCUUUGACUAUUAUUCUUGACA